AUGGGAGCAGCGGGCCGCUCCACAGCCGCAGCUCCCCGGGCCGACAGGCGCUCGGGCACGUCCCGCCGGCGCAAAGGUUGCGUGGGCCAAGUUGUUCUCAAAGGGACCUGUUCCUACGUGAGCGUGGCCACCGUGGGUUUCCUGCUCCUCCUGGGAGUCUGCCUGCUCUACUUACCGGAACCGCUCGCCCUACAACCGUCCGUCACCGAGGACGACGGCGAGGUGACGCUCCUGAUAUGGAGGCAGCCCUUCGGUCGGUACCACACGCUUCCGGACUGCUUUGAGCGCUUCGGGGUCGGCGGGUGCACGCUCACCUACGAAGGGAGCGCGUACCCGCGGGCUGACGCCGUGAUCAUUCACCACCGGGACGUCGCCACCGGCGCCGAUGCCCAGCUGCCACCGGAGCCGCGGCCACUUGCACAAAAGUGGAUAUGGAUGAACUACGAGUCCCCCACGCACACGCCUAGGCUGUGGCAAUUUGAGGACGUGUUUAACCUCACACUGAGCUACCGCACGGACUCCGAUAUCUUCCUGCCGUACGGAUAUCUAGUACCCGGGAAAGGCGGAACCAAGCGCUUUGCGCAGCCGCUCCGCGCAGCCUCGCUCUCGCGCCUCAUCCGGCCGCGCCUCCUGGCCUGGGUCAUCAGCAACUGGUCGGAGUCGCAGGCGCGCGUGUCCUUCUACUACCAGCUCCGCCGGUACGUACAGGUGGAUGUGUUCGGGCGCUCGGGCCAGCCGGUACCGGAGGACGGCGUCGGGGGCAGCGUGGUGCGGCUGGUCGGGCGGUACCAGUUCUACCUGGCGCUGGAGAACUCGCAGCACACCGACUACAUCACGGAGAAGCUGUGGAACGCGGUGCGGGCAGGUGCCGUCCCGGUGGUCCUGGGUCCAUCCAGGCAGAACUACGAGCGCUUCCUGCCCCCCGAGGCCUUCAUCCACGUGGACGACUUCGCCACAGUGCGAGAGCUGGCUCGGUACCUGCUGAUGCUGAGGCGCGACCCGGCCCGCCUGAGGAAGCACCUGGACUGGAGAGAGGCCUACAGUGUGUACCAGCCCAGCUUCUGGUCUGACCACUACUGUGCGGCCUGCAGGGCGGUGAGGAGGACCAGAGGCGGGACCGAUGUGGUCAAAGACUUGACAGGGUGGUUUCACAAUAAACAGCCCAAGCAUCUCACUCAUUAACUCAAGUGCUCACCUGACAACCAGCAGCCACAACUAAGCUUCAGACACACGGUUGUUUGUGAGACUGAUAAUUCCAUUCAUUUUAUAUCACUUUAUUUAAAUAGCUACGUGGUCCUUGAGAAUCAUAGGCAGAUUUUUUUCCUUCUUCUAUUGAGUAAAGCUCAUGUGGACUUUAAUCUCAUCUUCAGCUGUGAUCUUUGCAUUAAUUGUUCACACAAGUUAACUUUUACCUUCCGUUUGUCAUGGUUUCCACUGAUCUACAGUUAGGAAAUGAGCUUGAAAAUACAAGACUUUCUUUAGAUGUUGCAUCAUGGUAAACUAUUUUUAUAUUCAUCAAUUAACCCACAUUUAAAAAUUCUCACGUUCAACUUCAGUAUGUUGACCAAUAACAUGACCAUUUGAGGGCUCGAAAGGUAGACUAAUACCCAUUGUUUUGAAAAGAGGAAGUCAUUAACAUAAUUUUCAAUAGAUGAUUAUAAUACAAAGUCAUCUGGUUGAGGUAAUAAAUGCAUUGAGAUGUGUGUGAACAUAUUUUCACAGGAUCUCUGUCGCGUACCUUGUCUUUUCAGUGCAGUUCACACCUCUGGCCCAACCUGUUAAAACGUAUUAACACACAUAUCCUUUACAUGUUUUAUUAAACACUGCUGCUUACA